GUUUCUGCGUCGGACACGUUGCUUCACGCAUGUGAGCCUGGGGAUGUUGUAAUAGAAAUAAAUAUGAUUUGUUCAUCUGCAUGAGCAUCAACAAACAUUUUGCGGACAUGGAUACGCCGACCGCAUGCGGCCACGCUUCUACAGACACGAAGGCUUCAGGUGUUGUUUCAGGAAAUACUGAGACACUUGCCCUGCCUGAAGCUAAUCUAGUUUGUGUUGAAUAUCCAGGAGUUGUCAACAAUGUGGACAGAAUGCUGGACAGCAUUGGAUGGGAUAAGGGGGUGUCCAAGACAUAUGCAGAUUCUUCAAAACGACUGGAACUCCGCUUUCGGCCGAAAGACCCAUUCUGCCAUCCUGUGUAUGGGAAUCGAUUCUCUUCCACCAACCUGCUCCUCAGAAUUCGCCGCAGAACCCGCAAAGGAAACAGUGGGCAGACCCAAAUCAGCAUGGAAAUAGUGGGGCUUAUAGGAACCACAUAUAAAUUUCAAGGAAUGGCUGAUUUUCAGUACCUGGCAACUCACAAUGGCCCAGAUGGCAACCAGUUGUCUUUGUAUGACAAGAUCAUUUUGCGUAAACCUGAGAAGAAAGAAUUCUACGAUAAUCCCGUGCCUCUCUUCAUACCUCCUCCUAUUUUCUCACGUCUGGACACAGCUGUGGACUAUUACUAUCGCCCAGAUGUUCUUCAUUGCAAAGAAACAGCAAUACAGUCGGCUCUUCUCAAGGAUCAGCUUAUCGCUCCGAAUCGGGCUCGCCGGCCAAACAAUGCCAUUUUUGUCAACUUUGAUGACAAAACCAUACCAUCAGAGCCUUUAGAAGCUGCUGUAAGUAGCUGGAAGAAGAUCGGUGUCCAUCAUAAUGAUUUAAAGGCAGAGCAACAAUUGAGACAGCUUUUUGAGAGAAGACCCAUAUGGUCCCGUAAUGGCAUCAAGACCAACAUCAAUAUUCAUCCAGAAAAAAUGAAGCACCUUCUUCCAUAUAUGGCCUACUACAUGUUGACAGGGCCAUGGAGGAGUUUGUGGGUCAGGUUUGGAUACGAUCCUCGAAAGACUCCAGAAGCAAAGAUCUACCAGGUUCUAGACUUCAGGAUUCGCUAUGGAAUGAAGCAUGGAUAUACCGUCAAUGAUAUGCCAGUGAAACCCAAGAGAAGUGCUUAUCAUUACAGCCAUCCAACCACAUUAAACAAAGCGGUUCCCCAACCGGCUAGUGUCAGUGACAUCACUCUGGAGAGCCCUUCAUCAUCGGGGCCCAAACCUGCCACUGCUAAAUACCUGCUCAAGGAAUCUGUCUAUAUAUUCCGGGAGGGUAUGCUUCCUCCAUACCGACAGAUGUUCUACCAGUUGUGUGAUUUGGAUGUCGACAAAGUAAAGGAGAUCAUCCAUAAGAAUGAUGGGAAAGAGGAGGUGUGCGACGAGAGAGAUGGCUGGUGUUUGCCGCACACGCCUGACGAGCUCAGGAAUAUCAUCUCUGGAAUGAUCCAAAAACACAUCCAAGUCAAGCAACCGGCUUCAUCCACCCCAAAGCCUAGAAGAGGCAGACCCAAAACUGUUGACAGCGGAGAAGACGAAGACGAUGACGACGAAGAUUACAAACCCUCUGAUGAGAGUGACAAUGAAAUGGAAACAGAGCUGGCAGAUUACAUGUAAUUCCACUUUUUUAGUUUAGUACACUUAAUUUGAUAUGUAAAUAUGAAUGUAUAUCAAAGUAGGUUUGUGCAAUAAUGAAAAUGUUCAAAAUGUUUUACCCGUUGGAUAAUAAAUAGUUUUGUUGAAGGAAUUGACUUGAGAGCACGUAUUACUCUUUUGAAAAUAUACAUUAUGGUGUGUUGCUUAAAGGUUAGUGUGCAACCAGUCAGUAUGUGUUUAAUGCACAAGGUGUACAUUUUGGAAGUUUAAAUAUUGCUUUAGGAUCAUUGCAAAUCAACUCCAAAUUCAUCAUAACUUAUGUUCUCAUACUGUAAGUUAGCAAGUAAAGCUGUUCUGCACUGAAAACACAAUGAAACCAAUUUUA